AUGAAAGCUAAAGUCCUGAAAGACUUCAAAGCUCCUGACAUGACCCCAUACGACGGUACAUCAGAUCCAAGUCAUCACCUCAUCAAUUUCAGAAGUAGGAUGUAUCUCACGAACGCCUCAGAAGCAGUCCGUUGCAAAGCGUUCCCGACCACCUUGACUAAGACCUCAAUAAAGUGGUUUGACAGCUUACCGCCAAGGUCGAUUGCAAGCUUCGAUGACCUUGCCAAAAAGUUCCUAGCUAGGUUCUCCAUCCAAAAAGACAAAGCCAAGCACGCUCAAAGCCUACUAGGGAUUAAGCAAGGAGAUCGGAAAAAUCUUCGCACCUACAUGGAAAGAUUCAACAAAGCUUGCCUUGACAUACAAAGUCUUCAAAUAGAAGCGGCCAUCAUGGGGCUCAUCAACGGCCUAAGAGAGGGACCUUUCAGCCACUCAAUAUCCAAAAAGCACCCAACAUCUCUAAACGAGGUUCAAGAAAGGGAGGAGAAAUAUAUCAAUAUGGAGGAGAACUCCCAAUUGGGAGACAGCUCAAAAACCGGAUUCUCCUACACAACACGAGACAACGAUAAAGAAUCCAGGAAGAAAGAAGACCAACCCACUGAAAAACCUAGAAAAUACCACAACUACACCCCUCAUCGGGUAUCUCUUAUGGAUGUUUACUGA